CCCAGGUCUGCAGACGUCACGGGUUGGGGGAGCUUUGUUUUGCGCCCUCCUCUCAGGCGGCCAACACAAGUUGCAUGAUCAAGCCAAGGGACGGGACGCUCUCUUCCUCCCGCAUGGUGGAUAUCCUGCUCAAUGCCUCUUUCUUGGAUGAUAUGGGGGAUCUUUCCAAAAAGAAAUCAGGCUUUGCGAUGUGCGUGGGCUGCGGGAGUCAGAUACACGACCAGUACAUCAUGAGGGUGUCCCCGGACCUGGAGUGGCAUGCAGCCUGCCUCAAGUGCGCGGAGUGCAGCCAGUACCUGGACGAGAGCUGCACUUGCUUUGUCCGAGACGGAAAGACUUAUUGUAAAAGAGAUUAUGUCAGGUUAUUUGGCAUAAAAUGUGCAAAAUGCAAAACGGGCUUCUGCAGCAGUGACCUGGUGAUGAGAGCCCGGGAGAGUGUGUAUCACAUGGAGUGUUUCCGGUGCUCCGUGUGUAGUCGACACCUCCUGCCCGGGGACGAGUUCUCGGUGCGGGACGACGAGCUGCUUUGCCGGGCUGACCAUGCCUUGUUGAUGGAUAGAACUGCUGAUAGCACGCUAAGCCCCGGGAACAUUCACUCUCGAGCCCUGCACAUUUCUGACCCGGUCUCCGUUCGUCACCCACCUCAUCAUCGGAACCACAUCCAAAAGCAGUCCGAGAAGACCACACGGAUCCGGACGGUGCUGAACGAGAAGCAGCUGCAUACGUUGCGGACUUGCUAUAACGCCAACCCGCGGCCCGACGCGCUGAUGAAGGAGCAGUUGGUGGAGAUGACCGGUUUGAGCCCCAGGGUGAUCCGAGUCUGGUUCCAGAACAAACGCUGCAAAGACAAGAAAAAGUCCAUUCUGAUGAAGCAGCUGCAGCAGCAGCAACACUGCGACAAAACGAACCUGCAGGGCCUGACAGGAACGCCCCUGGUGGCAGGCAGUCCCAUCCGCCACGACAGCACCGUGCAGGGCAACUCCGUGGAGGUGCAAACCUAUCAACCACCUUGGAAGAGCCUCAGUGACUUCGCCUUGCAGAGCGACCUGGACCAGCCCGUCUUCCAACAACUGAUGUCUUUUUCGGAGUCCGGUUCGUUGGGGAACUCUUCGGCCAGCGAUGUCACCUCGCUGUCGUCUCAGCUUCCGGACACGCCGAACAGCAUGGUACCGAGUCCAGUGGACACGUGAGGAGCUCGUAAAUACACGAGAGGAGUUCAGAACAAAACAAUCACAAGAUGCUGCUGCUGUUGGAUUUACUCGAGGAGGAUACUGGACAAUUUAUUUUUUUCAUUUUUGCUCAAGGGCAUUAAGGAAGCGGACUCGCCUUGUGGGAUUCGAACAGAAGCCAGAAUACAAUGUGUGGAUGUGCAUGGCAUCGUUUUAUUAUCGACGCGGACAAAUAAGUUAUUAUUAUUUAUUAUUAUAACGACAUAGCCAAAAUUACUAAUAAAACCAUGGUUUCAUUCAUUUUUCUUUGUAUGCUCAUGAAUACUUCAUAUAAUGAAUAAUCAACGGAAUUUAUCAGCGGACUCACAAAAGAAAACCACUAAGAAUUCUCCCAAAAGUAUUGCGCAAAACAAAAAAAAAAUCCUCAUUGCAAACGACAAAAACAACAAAUCAUCGAAUCAAUUAGUUGAUUAGCUGCUUAAAAAGCAAACCUGUAAAAUAUAUUUCACUCCCUAAAAAUCACCGUUUUAAGACGGUUGGAUUACAAAAAAUACAAGAUCAUGGCUUUAAAAAAAAAAAAAGUUAUAGUACAAUAUAGUACAAUAUGCAUGUGUGUAUAUGUAAGAAUUUUUUUUUAAAUUAUUUAAAUUUCAUUGAAACUCUUUUGUC